CCCACAUAACAACGGCUUCACGUCCCCCGCCAAUCCAAAUCUAUAUCUCUUCUCUCUCUCUCUCAUCAAACCGAAAUAACAACCUAGAGAUAGUGAGAGAGAGAGAGAUCCAAAAUCAUUUUUAGAAACAUGUAAAUCUGUGAACACCAGAAGAAGAAGAAGCCAUACAGCACAGAUACAAACCCAACAUUUUUGUGUUUUAGUUUUAGUUUUUUUUUUUUUGUUUUUCCACAGAGAGAGAGAGAGAGAUGGAAUCUGAGAACACCCAGAAGCAACAAACAACAACAACAACAACAACAACAAAGAAUCCAACAUCAAAGGCUGCCACAACAGUCCUUCCUUAUCAAACCCCAAGGCUUCGAGACCACUACGUACUUGGCAAAAAGCUAGGCCAAGGCCAAUUCGGGACAACCUAUCAAUGCACAGAGAAAUCCACAGGUGCCCAAUACGCCUGCAAAUCCAUCCCAAAACGCAAGCUCAUGUGCCGAGACGAUUACGACGAUGUGUGGAGAGAGAUCCAGAUAAUGCAUCAUCUCUCUGAACACCCAAAUGUGGUGAGAAUCAAAGGCACUUAUGAGGACAAUCUGUUUGUUCAUUUGGUGAUGGAAUUGUGUGCUGGCGGUGAGCUGUUUGAUAGGAUUGUGCAAAAGGGUCAGUACAGUGAGAGGAAUGCGGCCAGGUUGAUUAAGACCAUUGUUGCGGUUGUGGAGGCUUGUCAUUCUCUUGGUGUUAUGCAUAGAGAUCUUAAGCCUGAGAAUUUCUUGUUUGAUACUCCUGAUGAGGAUGCUACUCUUAAGGCUACCGAUUUUGGCCUCUCUAUCUUCUAUAAGCCUGGGCAAUACCAUUCUGAUGUUGUUGGAAGUCCCUAUUACGUUGCUCCUGAAGUCCUGCAUAAAUUUUAUGGACCUGAAAUAGAUGUAUGGAGUGCUGGUAUUAUCCUAUACAUCUUAUUAUCUGGGGUUCCACCUUUUUGGGCAGAAACUGACGCGGGUAUCUUUAAGCAGAUUUUAAAAGGAAAAUUAGACUUUAAAUCUGAUCCAUGGCCUCAGAUUUCCGAUAGUGCAAAAGAUUUGAUACAAAAGAUGCUUUGUAGGGAUCCAAGAACAAGAAUAACUGCUCAUGAAGUCCUAUGUCACCCAUGGAUCGUGGAUGACAGAUUGGCCCCCGACAAACCUCUGGAUUCUGCAGUUUUGUCACGCCUGAAGCAGUUUUCAGCCAUGAACAAACUCAAGAAAAUGGCUCUACAUGUUAUAGCACAAAAACUUUCAGAAGAAGAAAUUGGUGGUUUGAAACAGUUGUUUAAGAUGAUUGACACAGACAACAGUGGAACCAUAACAUUUGAGGAACUAAAGGCAGGUUUGAAAAGGGUUGGCUCUGAGCUGAUGGAAUCUGAGAUCAUGUCCCUUAUGAAUGCGGCUGAUAUUAACAACAGUGGAACAAUUGACUAUGGUGAAUUCCUUGCUGCCACAUUGCAUUUGAAUAAGAUGGAAACAGAGGAGAAUUUGCUUAUAGCCUUCUCCUUCUUCGAUAAGGAUGGCAGUGGUUACAUAACCAUUGAUGAGCUUCAACAGGCUUGCAGAGACUUUGGUCUAGGUGAUGUCCAAUUGGAUGAGAUGAUUGAAGAAAUUGAUCAAGACAAUGAUGGGCGUAUAGACUACAGUGAAUUUGCUACAAUGAUGAGGAAGGGUGAUGGUGGAAUUGGCAGCAGAACCAUGAGAGGCAAUUUGAACUUCAACUUGGCAGAUGCUUUUGAAGAAAAAGCCAAAUUGACAGAUUAGUUUGAAGGUCCAUGUUUGUAUAGUUGGUGAACUUGUGUCUGUGUAAGAAAAAUACACUGGUUAAAACUUUUCUAGUUCUGAUGAAUUUUUUGUUCAUGUUUAUUUUAUUGAUAUUCACUCCUCUGUAGUCUUUGAUAAAUGAGGUUUCCUCAGUAUUAAUGUAUUUCAUAGUUUUCA